GCCCGUGAUGCUGUGCCCCUUCCGUCGCUCCGCGGAAAAGAACGAUCGGAACAACAAAACUGUGGAACACGAUGUACGAUACUAGUUGUUGUAUCUAAUCUCAGCGACGUCGAAGAAGCGUCCGGCAGAGUGCAACGAGAGUAAAUAUUGUAACAGAAGGGGGAACUUUCGGUGUAUCGAUGGUCGGCUAUUAAUACUGUACGGUUCUUAGUGCUACACGCAGCAUCGGCUGUCUUCGAUAAAUAAUAAACGGUGUUUUCCAUUACGUGCGCCCGAUUGUCGUGAAUUCGAACGAAAUCGGCGGUAAGAUUGUCGCGGCGAUAGUCCUCGAUCUAUCGACGUAAACGAGAAAACAUGAUCGUCGUCGCGUUAUUUUUCGCGUUCAGCGUUCUCGCCGCGACUGGCCAGGGGUACGAUGAUCAGUGUCAGUGGAGAACGGACGAGCAACUUAUCUGGGAAUACGACGUCAGAAGAUCUUACAGGAUCGGCGGAUACCAAGAAGUCGAGGCGGAGUACGGGCCGGCGAACGUGACGAUCACGUGCAUAGGAGUGGACUCUUUGUCCGACGAGAACAACGGAGCCAUGUGGGUUACUUCCGGUGGGAUAGGAUACAACUUCAUCAGGAUUAAGUUCAGAUCGAAGUACUCCAGAGGACUUCGUUAUCGAGUCUACGUUUACGGGAAACCGUACUGAAAAGACCACGGCAGCUUUUAUUUAUUUACGCACGGCAAUUAUGUAUGAUUGUACUUCAAUGAAUGUACGUUAAUAAAUUUUUACCAAACUUCGACCAUCUUGGAAAUUUUA